GACGGGGGGAAAAAACGCCCAAGAAUUGUAUCACGUGACCACCAGCUGACACACGUUCAAACAAGCUAGCAUUUGGCUAAACGUGAAGUUCUCUAGAGUGGACACUUCCAUUGAAGAAAAUCCCAUCAGUUUCGGAUCAGAUGUCUGCCUCUCUCCCCCCAUCUGUUGCCCUGAACAACGGGCUUCAGAUGCCCCUCCUCGGGUUGGGGACCUACAAGCUCAGUGGUCCUGAAGAGGUGCACUCUGCCGUGGAUGCUGCUCUGGCUGCUGGAUACAGAGCUUUUGACAGCGCAGCUGUUUAUCGGAAUGAGGCACAUUUAGGCAGAGCUCUGAAGCAGCUGCUGCCCAAAUAUGGUCUAACCAGGAAGGAUGUUUUUAUAACCAGUAAGCUGGGCCCUAAGGAUCAGGGCGGGAAAGCCAUGGAGGGGGCCCUCCACAGUCUGUCACAGCUGGAUUUAGAUUAUAUUGACUUGUACUUGAUUCACUGGCCUGGAACUCAGGGUCUGCCUGUGUCUGAUCAGCGAAAUCCAGGCAACCGAGCUCAGAGUUGGGCCACAUUGGAGGAGCUGCAUGGCCAAGGGAAGCUGAAGGCCAUAGGGGUGUCCAACUACACACCAGCACACAUGAGGGAACUGAUGAGCAGCUGCAGGAUCCCACCUGCAGUUCUUCAGGUGGAGUUUCAUCCACGGCUGUGCCAGGCCGGGCUGAGGAGUGUGUGUGAGGAGUCCCGAGUGUGUUUCCAGUCGUACUCCUCGCUGGGGAAAGGAGAGCUGCUGGCCGACCCGCUGGUCAUCGAAGUGGCGGAGAGCUGCAAGCGUACGCCUGCACAGGUUCUCCUACGCUGGGCUGUUCAGCAGGGAGUCCCGGUGCUCCCAAAAUCCUCCAAUCCUGAACGAAUCGAGGAGAAUUGCAGGAUUUUUGACUUUGAGUUGAGUAAAGCGGACAUGGAGAGGCUGUCGUCUUUGGACUGUGGACACAAGUACUGCUGGGAUCCCUCAGAAGUGGCCUGACACGUUUAUUUGUGGACUUUGUUACCGUAAACUUUUAAAGGGAAAGUUGUUUUUCAUCAACAUUUUUUAAUAAAUGUAAAAAAAAAAACUCAUAAGAACCACUGUUAAAAUCAUUUAUUAAAGACAGCAGAGGCUGGACAGCUGUAGAGAAAAUACAUAAAAAAAAAACAAAAAUUAUUCCAAAAAACAAACCACUUAAUGUAUUAAAAUUGCAUUUCUUCCCUUCUUAGACACACUCAAAAAUUCAAGUAAUACUAAGGAUGGUUUCGGAAACUCCAGGCGCCCGCCAGCGCAGGUUCGGGCUUCGCCGCCCGCUAGAGAGCCGAUCAAAAGUGUUUCCCUCGCCGUUGUGGCAGUGAACGCACCUCUGAGAGUUUGUGCUUUCCCGCUUCAGUGUCCCUAUAAAGAUUUAAGGCUGUGAAGUUCAAAAAGGCGCUUCAUCUGACGCGACAUUUCACCUCCCGAGAAUAAACGCUUCACCCGAGAGCCACGAAUAAUCUCUACCAGCUCAUGUGUACAAAUAUUUUCCUUUUAAGGAGGUGAUUAGGAAAUAUUCGUAAAACAGAGAAUAAACGUAGAAAAAACGUAGUGGCAUUGAACACAUCACAACAGCUGGGAACAUUUUUAGAAAAAUGCAGCACCGUUUUAGAUUGUCUGGAGUUUAUUUAGGGGAAAAAAGAAAAAA